AUGGCGCAGGCUCAAAAAGAGUCGAAAGCAGCACGAUUCAACAUCCACACAUUGAAGCGGCUGCAGAAGGCUGUGGCAGCAGAUCUGGAAACUGACCUGAUAUCGUACUUCCCGAAGGAUUACUCCAGGCUAACACCUAUAUCUGCUGCACCAACGUCAGGAUCAGCUACUGAAAAAGAUAUCCGCGUAUUUCUAUGGCCUUCCGAACCCACCGCCGUUAUAUUUCCCUUGGCUGACUCGGUCCGAAGCCUGCUGGAGGAUGCAGACGUGUCCGAGGCGCUAGUAGGGGCUUAUGCGGCGCUGUGA